AUGACCUUAACGGCGGUGCUGGUGUUAUUGACGCUGGCUGCGGCAGCUCACAGCGGCGAUCCCGUGUUCGACCCCAGCACACUCAUGAGGCUCGUGCUGGUGCCGGCAGACGCGGCCACCGGCUCCGUCAUCUACCGCGUUCGAGCUUCCGACCCGGACUUCGAUUACCCCUUGCACUUUGAACUCAUCGGGCAAAUGGGCAGACUCGACAUCGGCAUUGAGACACUACCUUGUACUCGGUACAAUUCAGUCUGUCAAGCCAAUGUGAUACUGCUAAGGAGGCUGGAGCCAGGCCGCUACGUGGACUUUAGGCUGUCAGCUCGGAAUACCAGAGGGCGAAGUGCUCGAAUUGCUUGCUCGAUCACAGGCACUAAUGCUACUACCCCUCGAGAUACUAUAUUUCCACAUCAACCCAGUAUCAUUUUGGUGCCAGAGGAUGCAAAGAGAGGAACCGACCUUGAAAUUGUAAUUGCAAGGAAGAAUCCAGUAUCCCCAAAACCUCUGGAGUUGGAGCUUUGGGGUUCGCCGCUCUUCGCAAUCCGGCAACGCCGAGUUUCUAGCGAGAAUACCGAGGGCACAAUAUUUUUAGUUGGUCCAUUGGAUUUUGAGGCUCAAUCCAUGUACCACCUAACAUUGCUCGCUGUUGAUCCCUACGUUGAAAUAGGCAAGGACACGCGAAAUAUAGCUGGGUUAGAGGUCGUGGUGGUUGUGCAGGAUGUUCAGGACAUGCCUCCUGUUUUUACUUCAGCUCCACCCAUCACCCAUUUACCUCGCCAAGUGAUUCCUGGUGAUAUGAUAGUAAGAGUACGGGCUGAAGAUGGCGACAAGGGUGCUCCUCGGCAAAUAAGAUAUGGACUAGUUUCUGAAGGAAAUCCGUUUACACCGUUCUUUAACAUCAACGAAACAACAGGUGAGGUAACUUUGGAACGGCCGAUUGAAGAAAUUGCAGCAAUAUCACACGCUGGAGCACCAAUACUUCUUACUGUUGUGGCUGAAGAAGUACGACUUUCACGGGAAGAGCCUGAGGCUAUGUCAUCUACGGUUCAACUGGCGUUCAUUUUGCCUGAAAGGGAUAAUUCUCCUCCUUAUUUUGAAAAUGAAUCUUAUAUCACACAUUUGGAUGAAAAUGCUCCGCAAGGUACAGCUUUGGUAUUCAACGAUCCGUAUAUACCGCAAGUGAAUGACAACGAUGCGGGAAAAAACGGAGUGUUUUCUCUUUCGUUAGUUGGAAAUAAUGGGACUUUUGAAAUAUCACCAACAGUGGCGGAGAGACACGCGCAAUUCAUUAUCAAAGUGCGGGACAAUACUAUGCUGGAUUAUGAAGCCAGAAAAUCAGUCGUGUUUCAGAUUUUGGCACAAGAACUUGGUCCAGCAACAAACUUGUCAGCAACUACGGAUGUGACCGUUUACUUAAAUGAUGUUAAUGAUAAUCCUCCUAUUUUUCUGGCAUUAUCUUAUGAUGUGGAAUUGCCAGAAAACGUUACAGCUGGAACUAGAGUUGUCCAAGUUGCAGCUGAUGAUGUAGAUACAGGGGUAUAUGGAAAAAUUCAAUUUACUGCCAUACUAGGAUACUUAAAUACUUCUUUAAAUUUAGAUCCAAUAACAGGAAUUAUAACUGUAGCAACAAAUAAUCACGGUUUUGAUCGUGAAGCAAUGCCAGACCUGCAUUUUUUAGUCGAAGCUAGAGAUAAUGACGGUAUAGGAUUAAGAGUAACAACAGUGCCAUUAAUUAUUAAGUUAUUAGAUGUAAAUGAUAACCCACCAGAAUUUGAAAGGGCCUUAUAUGAAUUUGUAUUGUCUCCGAGUUUAAAUAAUUUUACUUCGUCGGCUUUUGUGAAGGCUGUUGAUAAAGAUGCCGAACCACCCAAUAAUGUAGUCAAAUACGAAAUAAUUGAAGGAAACCGUGAGGGUAAAUUUGCUAUUAAUGAAGAUACAGGGGAAAUUUAUUUAUUAGAACCAUUAAAGAGAAUCACAAAGAAAAGUGCACAUAGGCGUAAAAGGCAAUUUGAAAGUCAAGAAGAAAGUGAAGUUUAUAUGUUAACCAUUCGAGCCUACGAUAUGGGAGUUCCAAGGCUGUUUUCAACAACAACAGUGAAGAUUUAUCCUCCCGAAAGUAAAACUAGAACCAUGUCUUUCAUUGUUCCCGGUGCUAAUCCAGAUAGAAAAAAAUUAGAAGAAGUUUUGAGUACAUUAUCUGGAGGGAGAGUAACUAUUGUAGAUAUAAAACCUUACAAAAGUAAUGAUGAUAAAGGUUCAAUUGAUCAGAGUGGCCAGGAGUCUAGUCAAGAAAAAAGCGUGGUUACUGCAGUAGUUCGUAUGGCUGGUAAUGCUGCUAUUAACGUUGCGAAACUUCAAGAACAACUAACAAAGAAUAUCACAUUAUAUUCCACCACUGUCGUGCAGAAAGAUCAGACAUCAAUAAUUGAUAACGAUUCUGGCGUGUAUAAAGCGGAGAGUCGACUAUUAUUCUGGCUUUUAAUCUUAUUAGCAAUAUUAAUAGCUCUCGUUUUAUUACUUCUUAUAUGUUGCUGUAUUUGCGAAGGUUGUCCAUUGUAUAUGCCACCAAGGAAAAGAGUGAUACGUGUCAACUCCACAGAGGACGACGUGCAUUUAGUGGUCCGCGACAAGGGAGUUGGGAGGGAAAACAAGUCGACCCAAAACUUAGAAAGUAAAUCAAUACAAGCACCUGAAUGGAGGAGAAGAGAAGCUUGGAGUGCCGAACAAACAGACAUUAGAACAAAACCAACUCAAUGGAAAUUCAAUAAAAGAAAUUAUAAAUCAAAGGAAUUGAGUAAACCCGCUUCUACGCCUGGUGACAUUAGACAAGAAUUUGUGCAAGCUGCUACUGAUAAUGAUUAUAAAUAUGAUGAUUCUAGGCAGUCUUUUCGUCGAAGGGAUGGCCCCAACAUAAUUUAUACAAAAGAAAUACAACUUGAAGAUACCUUUGCUAGUAAACAUAAAGAGUACAUAGAAGAUCUUGAAAAUGGCUAUGAUAGAAUAGCAACACUACAUCAUCAACGAAAAGACCAGGACAAUGAUUCUAUAAGAAGACAUGAAAUCGAUCGAGGCUCUGAAAAUGAAGGGGAUCAUAAGACUGAUGACAAAAAUUUACAUGGUGAACAUCGAUUAAAAAUUGAGUACGCUGAUAAACGUGACCCGUCUUCCAUGGCCAGAGAUCAAUUUUUCAUUAAAGAGGGAAACACUGAAAUAUUAAGGCUUGUUACGCGGGGAAAACCUGAGGACGAACGAUACGUUAACCUUCCCAUUCAACAACAACAACGACCAGUAACACUAAUUCCUCACACUCAAUACGUAGUAGUCGAUAAUGGUAAGGAAUUGUUGAUGGAACGAUUUAUUAGAGAACAAGAAGAGGAAGCUAACAACAUAAGGGAGAGAAUGAAUAAAGUCGUGACUGAUUUAGACAACGUCCAAUCUGCUCAAGAUGGUAAAAAGUCUCAACUAAUUAUAGAUAAACAUAGUUUUCCGCAUGAAUACACUAAUAUGACACCAGAAGUACCAGGGGCUGUUCCUCAUAAAUCGGAUUAUUUACAAUCUGCACUUAUAGAAAUGCACAAUAAGUCAUCUAUUCACCAAGAACUAUUGGAAUCAUCAUUAAGAAAGCAAAAUGAACUUUUACAUCAAAUAUUAAUUGAACGUGAAAGAAUGUUACAUAAUCAGGAAACAGCAUCUCAAGUGGAAAAUAAGUUAGAGACCCAAAGUUUACCAGGGCAUGCUGUAAUGGCUACUCAAACUGAGUGUCAUAUUGGAACUCAAACAGAUUCUCAUUUGCUAAAUGAAGUGAAACGGAAAUCUCGUAGUGAUAAUGACUCAUAUAGUGAAGAUGAAUCACAAAUAAAUUCAGAUAAAACCAAUAAAGUAACAUGGGUUAAAAAGAAAAAACCACGAAAGAAAAUUAAAUACAAAGACCCAAGGCGUAGUAUACGUGUUUAUGAAUUGAAAAGAAAGAUUAAAACGCCUAUAAUUGAGGAAAGCGAUAUAUCACCAUCCGCAGAAAAUGAAAAACAGAUUAAAAUAAGCAAAACAAAUGAAAGAGAGGAGAGAAUUAAACAUUACGGUGACAUCACCAAAAGUACGGUUACUACUUCUAAGAAUGAAUAUGUCAGUUCCACACAAUAUAAAAAUGCAGAACCCGACAGAAAACUUAAAUCUCGUAGAGAAGUAUUGAUGGAAAUAUCAGAUUCUUUGGAAGAAAAAUCAAUACUCGAUGGAAAACAACUACAUGAACCAUCUUCUUCAUCAUCCUCGAGAACUGAGCAUUUAAAACGAAAUAUUUCCUAUGACAAUGAGAGUAAUAAGGGCUCUCCCAGUGGCACAGAUUCCACAGGUGAAGAUAAACGUAACUCAAUAUUCUCACGACAAGCAUCUUCAGAAGAUGCUGAAGGAAAUAUUAGUAACCAAUUGGAAAGUCAUAGUAAAAAUAACAAAAUUGAAAGUCAUCAAGAGAUAACUGAUAAAGACAUUCCGACUAAUGAUUCCACAAAAAUCAAGGAAAAGGAGAAUAAGGAAUCGAUGAAAAAUAAUGAAAAGCCUGUUAAAAGUUUACCACGUUAUAUGCAAUGGUAUGGCAAAAAAUCAAAACCUUCAACAUCUGAAAAGAUCGUACCAGACAAACCAAAAAGACCGUCAAAAAUAAAAAUAGAACAAGAAAGAGACACAAAAGAUAGAACAAGCCGAUAUGGUAAAAUUAUUAGCAAAGAUAGUCAAGCUGGUGAAGUAAAAAAAAACUUCAAAGAUAAAGAAAGUGAUUUUAUACAUCCUCGUUUAUUAAAAGAAGGAAAAGUAACACCUGUUCCAGAAGGACCAUUACCCGAUGUACAUCCCUUAUUACAACAUUCAGAACACAGAUACGAGCACCAGUACCAAAAUCAAAAUCCUCUGUGUUACGUUCAACAAACACAUAUACCAAAAUACUUAGGUAGUCAAACCGAAAAACCAGUGUUGCCACAAAGAACCUCUUUAGAGCAACAGCCAAUUUAUGUCAAUCAAGACGGUGUAACAGAAGGCGGCAUAAAACCGGAUAUUGCAGAAAGUGCCUUAACACAUAGCAUAGCUAUAUCAAGUGCAUAUGGAAAUGAACAAAAAUCUGCAUCGGAAGUUCAUGUCUCCAAAAUUAAGAUAUCGGGCGAAACGAUUUCUGAGAAUCAAAGAAAAUUAGAUGACAAUGAUUCUGGUAUAGCCAUGAGCACACUUGUACAUCAAACAGGUAUUAAGAGAUUACCUAUAACGGAAAAGAAAAGUGUGUUUACUAUUGCAUACGAUGACGUACAAACGAAACAACUACGGCCUGACAGCAGCUCCACCUCUUAUUAA